AUGAAGCUCCCAGCUUUCCUCGUCACGUUCUGUCUUAUGGCACUCUACCUCAAGGUAGCCAAAGCUCUUACGCCUCUCAAUGGCACUCUGUUUCAAUCCACAUUUGUGUCAGACACUCAAGAUCAAGCUUUUCUCAUUGAAGAUGCUCAGUAUUUGGCUGUCACUUCGGAUCCGAUUUUCACUGUCUCGUGUGUCUUGGACCCCUCCCAAGGGCCGCUCACUUACAUCUCAGCUCUUUCUUCCACAACCACCGGCGAUGAACUGCAAAAGGUCAUCGAGGAUUCCUUGGUAAAAGACGAUGUCUUUGUUCAAGGUUUCCUCAAUAAUGUCCUUGUCAGCGCAAGUGGUUCCGAUGAACUCGAUGAUUCAGUCAUCAGCUACCUCGAGGGCCAAGGAUCCAACAUCAUUUACGGUGGUGGUGACGGUCCAUCUACUUGCGGCAACUCUACACUUCCCCUAUCCGGGAGGGCUCUGACAAAGGUCCUCCGCAUGUACAUUGACACGUACAGAAAGUUCGUGACUGGUACCUAUGAGUCGAACGGGGGAUACAAGGCAUUCACUCAGUCUGAAGCCGACUGGGGAUAUGCCAUGAUUCCAGUUCCUUCCCGGCUCUACAGCACAGACGACACGAGGCCCAUGGCGGGCCAGCGAGUUGCUGUGAAGGACAUUUAUGAUCUCGAGGGAAUCCAGACGACUGCUGGGAGCAGAGCCUAUGCUGCAGUAAACGAUGUCGCAAGUAAGACUGCGCCAGCUCUCCAGCAAAUCAUCGAUCUCGGUGGCGUUGUCGUCGGCAAGCAAAAGACUGCCCAGUUCGCCUCCCCGCAGAGCCCCUGGAACUGGAAUGAUGCAUUCUAUCCCCGCAGCCCUCGCGGAGACACUUUCCUUAGCUGCUCAGGCUCGUCUUCUGGGGCUGGCUGCUCCAUCGCUGCUUACGACUGGUUGAACUUUGCCAUUGGCACCGAUACCGGUCUUUCCAUGAGACAGCCGGCUGCAUUUUCUGGGACCUACGGCAAUAGGCCUUCCCAGGGCAUGAUCCUCAUGGAGAAUAUUAUCACCAAUGCUUUCUGUUGGAAUAGGCCUACAUUAGGCAGCAGGAGGUUGCUGCCGCGGUCCGUUCCAGCCACGGUGACUUCCACUCAAGAACAACAAGAACAAGCAAUAUCACCACUACAGUCGGUGAUCGUUGCUACCCACGAUACUCGACUAGUUUCCUUUUCCACCUGUGAAUCCAACACUUUCAAUGCCGAUACUGCCGGCGUCUUCUGUCGCGAUCCUGUCAAAUGGGCCUCGUUUGCAAAGGCAUGGUAUGACCCAUCACUCCAUCAAGACACCUCUUUGAACGGAUUGUCUGCUCUCUCCGUCUCCGACGAUCGUACGUUCCCCAAGCGAAUUUUGUACCCUGUCGACCAUCUCCCGCUGCAGAACCCCGCCGCAGAGACCAUUUUCCAGAAGUUUCUCAGCGAUGCAUCAGCAGCUCUUGGCGCCACUGUGGAGAAGGUCAACCUUACCGAGACGAUCGAGGACGUGACCGGACGACCCAUCUUGCAACUCCUCGGAGAUUUGCUUGUUCUGUGGACACACGAUUUGAUUACGGAGACUGCCCAGCCCCUCCUGGCUCAGUAUGCUCCGGCUUUUUCGCCCCUUGACGAGCCAUACCGCGGGGCGUUCCACUCCCUAACCGUUGAUGACAACGUUUACAAGGCGGCAAUGACGAACCGGACCCGCGAUGCUGCCUUGUGGCACGAGAAGGCCCUCUUCUCCACCGACACAUCCUGUUCUGAGGCCAUCUUCGUUUAUGAUGUCGGAACUGGCGGUAUUCCUACUUUCCGAUCUCAGGACCUCAACAGCGACCCUGGUUCGACGACCCCUGUGAACCCUACAACUCCUCAAGCAGGAUCGACUGUGGCUUCUUACUUUGGCGACGCAGACUACACCAUUCCCAUUGGUCAAGUCUCAUACUUCAGCAAUGUCACUUUCCAGGAUGAGAUUAUGCCUGUCACUGUCAAUCUUGUGGCCAAGCGCGGCUGCGACUUUGUCUUAUUCAACCUGGUCAACGACUUGGCCGACAAGGGCAUCUUAAAAACGGUCUCAACAGGACAGCAGGCUUUUGCUUCUUAGAUCAAAAAUCACUCAUAAGUGGCUCCAUAGAUUUUAGUUCCAUUAGAAUAGAGAACGACGAGCAUACAGUCAUCAUGUUGACGCGGCUUGCGUGGCGACGGCUAGAAAUGCUCAACCCCGGCUGGCAUCGCCAGAACUAUUGGACUCAAAUCAAUCAAAUUCAUUCAGCCAAUCAACCAAUUCAC